AUGGCCGUUGAUGUUGCAAAUGGAAUGGUCCAUCUUUCUGCUCAGAAGGUAUUUAGGGAAUGUUUACAUUGGAUAACUUUUUAGCCCUCCCAGUAAUUGGUAAAAUCAACAUUCUUGCAAAAAUCAAAAUAAAAGAGUGUUGCUAUAAAAUAAAUUAUCGAUAAGAGUAAAGAGAAAUGCUGAACGAAAUUUACUGCCAUAUAAUAUUAUUAUAUAUUUCCAGCAGAUACUUUGAAGUACAUGCUGCUUCAGAAAUUACUUCAUAAAUUAUCCUUUACUAUGACUUUUCUUUUGUUGCUUGUAGUGCCACAGUUGCAUGUGCGUGCGUGUGCAUUUCGUCAUGGCACCUGUUGGUAAACUUUUUCCAUUUUUCAUUCAGCGGAAGAUUUAAUAUUUGAAAAAGGAUAUAGAUUAGUGUGUUGCUGUUUUAAAAUGCUGAAAACUGUCAUUGCUAUAACCCUAACCAAUGACUUCAAUUCAUAAACAACGUCACACGGAUCUAAUAUCCCACAUGCUGAUUAAUACAUCGCAGUAAAAAUCUUAAUAUAUUAAUACUUGACAUUACUUGUCAUACUUCAGUUUGUUCAUCGUGAUUUGGCUGCCAGAAAUAUUCUUCUUGCCAACGAUAAUGUGGCAAAAGUUUCAGACUUUGGUUUGGCGAGAGAUAUUGAAAGUGCUGAAGAAUAUAUACGAAGUAACCAGGUAUUAUUUUGUACUUCGACUUUUUUUCUACAGCACCGCUGAUCAUGAAUAUUCCAGUUCCGUGAAAAUGCUGGGAGUUUUAUUUAUGCCCAAUGGAAGCAAAAAGUGAUUUUGCAAAGAUGAUAUACUUAACCUUUAAUGAAUGAGAAUGUGCAUGAUAUGAAUAAUUAUCAAGCCUAAGGUUCGUGUUAUCAAAGGAAGCGGAAGGCUGAUGUUGAUAACUCAAACUGAGGGCUUGAUAAAUUCUUCAUAUCUUGCGAAAACAGAAUUCAAUAAUUGUUUUAUUAUUUAUUUCAGAGAUGAAAAAGACAUCGGCACCUGUUGGUUCAUUUCGCCGAAAUAACCAGUUCUUGAAUGACCAGUUCUUUUUUCACUAUCUUUUCUUUUUUCUUGCAUAGAUUUCAUAAUAGCGAUAGAUUUCAUGCAACCAAUCCGAUAAAAUGCUGGUUCCAAGAAGAAUAUAUUUAGUUUAGAUUUUUAACUGUUAAAUACAUGUAUGCAUCAUCAUGCAUAGCAUGAAUAUUUUUUCUCAGAUUUAUUCUGUAUCGCAUGAAAAAGCAACGCAAUUUUGAGAAUGCGGAAAUGGUGUCUCAUAGAACCUAAAAUGAUUUAAAUGCAACAUUUCUGAUCAAAAUCACAUUGGGAUUUUCUCCCCCGCCCCCCAGCAUCACAGAGGGGAAAUAAGGUGACACUGACCCCCCUCCUAUUUUUCAAGGUGACUUUUCCAAUUUAUUUAAUUCCGAGUAGAAAUGUCUGGAAAAAUUCAUGUCUUCGAUGUACUUUAUAAUCUUCGGAAUUCUGCUACAUUUCACUCCCAAAAUGCUUAAAAUCGCAAUUCAGGGACCCUAGAUUUCAAAAUUUUCCCGGGGGUGCAUGCCCCCGGACCCUCCUAGACGGGCUCACGCCUUCGGUAUUAGGUUCGCCCAUAGAUAUCUUAUAUACACUAGAUAGCGCAUCUCUUUUAGUAAAAUUGAAGCCAAGAAUAUUCCAGCGGUUACCCCCAUUUGAAUAGAUGGCGGCCAUGUUGAUCGUUCCAUAGUUUGAAAAUGUGUUUGGAAUAGGGUUAACUUAAUGUUUAAGUUCCCUGCUCAAGAAGUAGAAAACAUACGAAUCUUCUCAUUUCAUGGGAACGACCUGAGACUGCAAUCACCGCUUCAAUUUUCGAAUUUCAGAAUAAGUAGAUGCACUAUCUAGUGUAUAUAAGAUAUCUAUGGGUUCGCCCCCCCCCCCUCAAAAAAAAUUAAGGUCUGGCUACGCCACUGGUUAUAGCUGUACGAUUAUAGCUACAAAGAGUUGAAGUUAUUGUUUAAAGUAAAAUAUAGGUGAAGUUAAUAAAUUAAAGUUUUACAAAAUCUCUCUUCAGACUCGCGCGUUCGCCAAACCUAGACGGCUCAUAUUUUUCGUUCUGCCUUUUUUCCUGUUUUGCCCCUCCAGUGAAAAAUCCUUAAAAAAGGCACUGUCAACUAUUCAGUUGAUAUGACGAUUUCACAGUUGGCUGUUAGCAAAUCAGGAAACCUUUAUCUUUAAAUAAAUAAUAAAGUACGAUACUGAACGCGUGAUAUAGGCUAAUCCAUAUACAACGAGCUUUAAUGAUUAUGUGUGAAAUCAAUCUAUUUUGCAGAAUCUUCUUCCUGUGAAGUGGAUGGCCUUAGAAAGUUUACUUCAUGGUCGGUUUACAACAGCUAGUGAUGUGUAA